AUGAAGAAUUUAAGAUUAAAUACCCAAGGUAAUAAUGCUUUAAUAGAAAGGUGUGAAAGAGAAUAAGUUAAGCAGAUGUUGAAUAAAAACUAAGGAAUGAUCAAAUUAGAUCAAAUUUUACCAAAUUAUUUUACUAAUUACAGAGUUCUUACUGAAUCAGCAGACUUUUCUCAAUAAUAUCAAUAGAUUCUAAAGUAAUUAAUAAGUUAAUGUUGUAAGUUAAAGCAUCCCUGGCAAUUUCAAGCUAGAAGCUAUGCAAAGUAACCUAAUUAAUAUGAAGCAUAAUGA